AUGGCAAAGUGGACCGAAGACACUACCUAUAAAUUUGUGCAGGAGUAUCUAAAAGAUGAAUGCCUUUACAACUGUAAAUCCCCUAAGUACAAAAUGAAGGGAGCCCGAGAUACGGCCCUUGUACGUAUAAGUGAAGCUAUAAACAUACCAGGGUUUGGAAGUAAAGAAGUUUAUACUAAAAUAAGAAAUUUGAAGUCUACAUAUGCGCAAGAGGCUAAGAAAAUUAAACAGAGUACAAAAUCUGGAGCUGGAACAGAUGACGUAUAUAUUCCACACAUAAAGUGGUUCAAACUAUUUGAUGACGCUUUAAAAGCUGUAAAUGUACAGUGCAGCGACUCAGGGAGUAAUUUGCAGCUGGAUUCUCAAUAUGAACAACUUGAUGGAGAGGAACCUUCCACAUCCCAAUGCAAUCAAUCUGCUGAAAUAAAUAACCCCGACGCAACACCUGAAUCACAAUCUAAUCAAGUUGAAGAAGAACAAAGAAAAUCGCCGAUUCAUCGUAAAAGGACAGCACGGAACCUCAGUCGUUUGGUCAAUAAAGUGAAGAACGUGGCCGACUCAAUAAACACACGCAUGUCAACAGAAACAGAGUUUGAUAUAUUCGGGAAAAGUGUAGCUGCCCAGCUUAAAAGUUUGCCAAUUCACAAAGCAGUAGAAGGACAGAUGUUUAUCCAAAAUUAUCUUAGUAAUUUACGUCUCCAACAAAUGGGCCACGGAUCAUCUAACUACGCAUAUAACCCAUCACCAAAUUCUAUGUACCAGUCUUCACCAUCACCGACUAACACACUACCACCACAAGACUCUCCUUACACACAACCACCACGACACUGUCCUUACACACAACCACCACGAGACUCUCCUUAUACACAACCACCACGACACUUUCCUUACACACAACCACCACGACACUCUACUUACUCACAAACACCACGAGACUCUCCUUACACACAAACACCACGAGACUCUCCUUACGCACAAACACCACGAGACUCACCUUACACACAAACACCACAAUCUUCUACACCAGAUCCUACUAAUGACAUUCAUAACAUUUCUGAUGCUGACCACUCUCAACGAAAAUGCAAUAACUAUACACUCUGAAAACAAUGCAUCUCAAAUGUCAAUUGAAGACCAGGAUGACAUAUUGGCUCGGGCAAUUUCGAGUAUUUACCAAUAAUAGAAAAAAAAUGUUUUUAA